AUGUCUGACGACGGCUAUGGCGGAGAUGAUGGUUACGAUGGCGGCGACUUUGGAUACGAUGAGGAGCCCGAGAUCGAGCUGAUGGACGAGGAACCCGAGGACGAACAACAAGGCGGACAAGCCGAAGACCCCGAGACCGUCGAUCAGAACAACGAUAACAUCGUUGAAAGCGGUGACCCAAGCGCGGCAGCGGCCGCAAAGAGCCAGAAUAAGAACACGGUCGCGGCGGUCAAGUCAAAGAAGAUUGCCAACGAGGACCGGAAAACGACGCCGUACUUGACAAAAUACGAAAAGGCACGCAUCUUGGGCACACGAGCUCUGCAGAUCUCGUAG